AUGAACAAUAAUACUUCUUUAGAAACUGGUAAUCAAGUUGGUUAUGAUAGCGAUGAACAUAGAAAUGUAAGUAGUAAUCCAAACACUACCCUUCUAGUACCUCCUCCAUUUUUACUGCCCCCAACAUUUUCAUACAUAUACAACCCUUACAUUAAUCCAUUGGUUAACCAGCCUAAUAUCGGUAUGCUCAAUGUAACUCCAAACAAUAACAAUACAGGAGCUUCAGAUAGUUCUCAAUUUGGUAAUAUUAGUAAUUGUACGAAUAGUAAUACAAAUUCGAAUUUAAUGAUAUAUGGAGGGAAUUCGAACAAUACAUUUCAACAGAUUCACACAGAUAAGGAUUCAAAGUCAAAUACUCUCAAGGUAGCAGCUGCUAAUAUGAUUUUGCAUGAGAUAAACAAACCCCGAGUUUCCAAUGGGUGGACUGAAGAUCAACAAAAAGUGCAGAACCAGUUUCAUCAAAUCCAGCAACAAACUUCAAAUCAAACUACUAUACAAACAUCUAUACAAACACCUAUACAAACACCUAUACAAACACCUAUACAAACACCUAUACAAACACCUAUACAAACACCUAUACAAACACCUAUACAAACACCUAUACAAUUCCCUGUACAACCCCCUCAACAUGCAACAUUAGCAAUGACUCCAGUAGGUCUUAUUCCAGUAAUUUCUAGGAAUAAAAAAGCCCAGCAACAGAUACAACCACAGUUGCAGCCACAUCAACAUGCUGUUCUUCAGCAUCAAUUACAACUCCAGCAACUUCAGCAGUUACAACUCCAACACUUUCAAACAAAUGAGGAACAGGAGCAAUUGUCAAAGUUCAAAGAGGAGUCGGGAAAUCACUCCACUGAGCAGGCUAUACCAAGCAGUUCUGAGGAAGAAAAGUUUCAACAACAACAAAUGCAACAAAUGCAACAAAUGAAACAAAUGCAGCAGCAGCUUUUGCAACACUUGCAACUAUUAGCUAUGGCUCAGCAGCAACAAAUUAUUCAAAGGCAACAACAGCAAAUAAAGGAAUGGGCAGUAGCAACAGCUAUUGUUGCUCAACAACAACAACAACAACAACAACAACAACAACAACAACAUCAUCAUCAUCAUCAUCAUCAUCAUCAUCAACAAUAUCAACAACAGCAACAACAAAAACGACAGCAACAACAUUCAAUUCACUUGCAUAAGCAAGGAAAUUGCAAUGACCCCAUUAUUGGGGAUGAAUUAUUGGCUGUUUUAGGUUUAAGUGCUUCAGCUAUACGAGGAAUAAAAACUGUAAAAUCCGAAUCUCUCACUAACCAAGAGUGUAAAAAUUCCGCAGAUACUAGAUUAAUUUUGAUGCCCCCCGAAUUGAAUACAAAUUCAGUUGAUUCAGAGGAAUUUAAAGUUCAACAUGCUCGAAGAGUUCAUAAGAGAGGUUCAGCACGUAAUAUUAAUAAGAGCCUAACUAUUGGGAAGAUUUCAACAGCAGGAAUUAUGAGUAAUACAAAUACAGGAAGUGAGAUGUCAGUAAACUCUAAGAAUAGUAACCUUAUAAGUUCUGGUGGAAGCAAUGCAAUGUGUGAGCUGGUAAAAUUAGAUAAUAUUCAGUUGUCAGUCAAUGUAAUUCCUCAUCUAGUGAAAAAUGAAUACGUACCAGCUUUUUCAGGAAAAUUCGCCUACAUUCCAUGUCCACCUUUAAAGAAGUCUUUAACUCCUGAAACCCAGGAGACUCAUACAAAUAAUUCGAGUAUUUUACAAGGAUUACGAUCUCGUAGGAUUCGAAGUGAUAUUUCUGAAUGUACUUUGGCUAGUGAGAGAAAUACCCUGAAUUUACAGUAUCCAUUAUUUUUUCCUCAGGUGUUGAAGAGUCUUACUUUGUCUUCUGAAAAUACUGAUUCAAGCAACACUAAAGUUGAAGAAACCUUAGAUAUAGUAGUUGAUAGGUUAACGGGGCUUAGAAGAGUUGCUAAUGAAAGAGCUGGUUGCUGGUUAGAUAUACCUUGUAAUGUUGAGCGUAAAAAGGCUAAGACAGGACUUGGUCCAAAUACUAGAGAGAAUCUUAGGAAAGAACUUAAAAAACAAGGAGAAUUAUUUAGAUUAGUGGCGACUAAAGAUGAAUAUCUCUAUGAUAUGAAACUUAUUCAAGACCUAGAUACUAAUUUCAGAGCUGAAGAUCAAAAAGAAAAAAUGAAGUUAGUUCUUACCUUUGAUGAAACAAAAGAUAAGGAAACAGAAGUAAAUACGUUAAUAAACAGUUCUAAUUGUGCUAUGGAUGUAAAAUUGGAAGAAUCUAAUAUUAAUAUGUCGAAUUCAGCAGAUAAUUCUGUAAGUUUAGGACAGUUUAAUAAUACAGAUAAAAUAAUUAGUACUAUAGUUAAUACUAACAAUAUUGCUAUGGCCGAAUCUCACAACUCAGAAACAGUAAAUAAUGAAUUUUUGUCAUUAAUUUCUGUUGAUAAGACAUGUAGUACAGAAACCAAUACAGUUUCAAAUGAGGCCUCGGCUAUUUUAUUGAAUAUAAAUGGAGAUAUUAAUCUGAAUGAAGGUUUUACUCCAAGUAGAGGGAAAUUUUGUGAUAAAUCUAACUUAGCUAUUGCUUGCACUUCAACUUCCACUAUGGAAGUUAAUUCUCCUACAAGAUGGACUCAGUCUAGUGGUGAGAAUUCAGAUCUUAGUGAAAAUAGAUUCAAUUCACUUUCUACUUUGCAAAACAUGAGAUGCGAGAUAAAAGUGCAGAAUCUAACACAUAAUCAGGAAGUUAUUAUUCCUGGCUCAGAUGGUGAGUCAUUAGAUUGUGUAUAUCCUAUACAACAAGAAGUUGACAAUUGA